AUGUCGAGUGACGAUGAAAGUUCUGCGAAAAUACCUGAAGAUAAUGUGCUCAGUUCAAACUGCAAACAUGUCAAGUCAGACGUAAACGUAGCGUUCGGACCCCAGAACUGGUAUUGGGCUCGCUGUGGCACGCGAUGGAGAUUCGUAAGGUCACAGUUGAGUGACUGGGCAGAUCUGGGCAUUCACGACGCUCACUGGGUGGCGUUCAAGCACGACACCGGUUUCUUGAUCGGAGGCGAGGACGAAGACGGUGAGGUGAAGGUAGUGCACACGUGGAAUAAUGACUUCAUGGUAAGGGCUGAACACGUGGAUUCAUUUAUCGAAUCUCGAGAUGCUUACAUCAAGCUACAUGGUUGGAUAUGGGACCGCGUCAAGUCAGACCCAGAGAAGCUCCGGGACAUAGCAGUCAGCAUUGGACCAAAGGGAAGCUACUUCGCACGUUCCGGAUCAUCGAGCGUCACUCACGCACUGCCCAAGGACUUGCAGACAGCGAUCAAAGAGUCUGAUUCAUCCCCUAUGACUAUCGCACUCGGAAUAAAGGGCUCAUGGAUCGUUCUUUGGGCCGAUGGUACCCGCAGCUGGAACCUCCGCUUUGCAUACCCCAGCCUCGCUUCAGCCGGACACCUGGAAAACAGCUCGAAUAGGACCGUAUUCGCUGCAUUAAACCCCUACAUGGAAGACAGCUACUUUGUCGUUGCCGAGGAUGGCGCAUGCAGCUACAGCACCUCAUUGACAGAUAACGUGGAGGGAAAGCAACUGCAUGAGAUUACAGAUACGUAUAUGCGAAUGCGUGCCAAGCGUGACGGUUCGUCAUUCAAUCACUCUAUGCGACUGAAUGGUGUGCUGAAGCAGGUCAGCAUCACGCCGAAAUCGAGUCCGCAGGAAACCAGAAGUGAAGCUCUGAUGUCAAUGUGGAGGGCUAGAGCUAGGCAAGACUUCGUGAAACAGAAAGAUGUGGCUUUUGUCUGUUCGAUUGCUGGUGGCACUGGCGUGUUGGCCAAAGUGGCAGGUAUGUCGACAAUGAGAGCCGUUGGCCUGGCUACGUCGACAGGUAUUGGGGCUGCGCUUUCGAUGUGGUUCCGUGGCAACUGA